AGAAAGACUUAAAUGCAAGAAUAAGAAGAUGACGUCGACUAAGAAUAAAGAACCAUCAAUUAAAGGUGCUCCAAAAACUAGUCCACAAAGCAUCACGAAUUGGUAUUUAACUGUCUUUAUAGUCAUAGUAGUAGCCACAGCAGCCACACGAUUCUAUAAAGUCACAGAGCCUGAUCAUGUUUGCUGGGACGAGACACAUUUUGGUAAGAUGGCAAGUUGGUACAUCAACAGGACAUUCUUCUUCGAUGUUCAUCCACCCCUUGCCAAAAUGAUGAUUGCAUUGUCUGGAAAGUUAACGGGAUAUAACGGAACAUAUCCAUUCGAUAAACCUUCCGAUAAAUAUAAUGGAACUAAAUAUGAAGGAAUGAGAAUUUUCUGCACAUUUUUGGGAGCAGCAAUCGUUCCGAUGAGCUAUGAAACUGUUUAUGAUUUAACUGGUUCUGUAUUAGCUGCUUUUGUUGGUGCUGUCUAUUUGAUAUUUGACGUUGGCAUGAUAACACUCAAUCAGUACAUUCUCCUAGAUCCACCACUUUUAUGCUUUAUGACAGCGAGUCUCAUGGGAAUGGUAAAAGUUUCAAAAUACACAACAAGUGGUCGGAGUUUCACAACUCGAUGGUGGCAAUGGCUAGUAUUUACUGGAACGAUGAUUGCAUGCACAAUAAGUGUCAAAUUUGUUGGUCUUUUCAUCGUUCUACUCGUUGGUCUACAAACAAUCAGUGAUUUGUGGAUUGUUCUCGGUGAUUUAUCGAAGCCAAUUUUUUAUUCAAUUAAGCAAUUUAUGGCACGAGCAGUGACAUUAAUAAUAUGGCCAAUUUUUCUCUACGUCUUAUUCUUCUACAUUCAUUUGUCGGUGCUGAAUAAAAGUGGAAAUGGAGAUGGAUUUUAUAGUUCUGGAUUUCAGAGUCGAUUAAUUGGUAAUUCAUUGUAUAAUGCAUCAAUGCCAAGAAAUGUAGCAUAUGGAGCUGUAAUUACUUUAAAAAAUCACAAGACUGGCGGUGGAUAUCUUCAUUCUCAUUUCCAUUUAUAUCCAAAAGCAUUUGGGGCAAGACAACAACAAGUCACAACGUAUACACACAAGGAUGAUAACAAUAAAUGGAUAAUUAAGCCAUACGACAAAGAAUCCUAUGGAGAGAAAAAUGUCACUUUGGUAAAACACGGUGACCUGGUGAGACUCGAACAUUUACAGACGAGAAGAAAUUUACAUGCUCAUAAUGAAAAGGCACCAAUAACUGUUAAGCAUUUUCAAGUGACUGGAUAUGGUGAGAAUGGAACCGGCGAUGCAAAUGACAUCUUCAAAGUAGUCAUUCUCAAUGGAAGAGAGAACGACCCAAUACAGACAGUGAGUACAAAGUUUAAGCUCAUUCAUUACUUUCAACAUUGUGCCGUGACAUCGUCUGGCAAGCAAUUGCCAAAAUGGGGCUUUGAGCAACAAGAAGUUUCGUGCAAUCCCAACUUGAGAGACAAGAAUGCAUUGUGGAAUGUUGAAGAUAAUUAUUUUGAAUUAUUGCCAAAUGUGAGCUUUCACGUUUAUGCUCCAGGAUUUUUUGCUCGCUUCUUUGAAUCGCAUGCGGUUAUGCUGCAAGGCAAUGCUGGCUUGAAGCCAAAAGAAGGAGAAGUGACCAGUCGUCCAUGGCAGUGGCCAAUUAACUAUAAGGGUCAAUAUUUCAGCGGAGGAAAUUACCGCAUCUACUUGCUAGGAAAUCCAAUUAUAUGGUGGAGUAACCUCGCUUUUCUUGGACUAUUUUUAUUAACACUCAUCAUAGCUGCUAUAAAACACCAACGUGGAUACGAUGCAAAUGAAAAAUCUGAAGUUGGAGAAAAUAAAUGGCGUUCAUUACAAGCUGGCGUUUGGCUGUUUGCCGGAUGGAUUUUACAUUAUUUACCUUUCUGGGCCAUGGGACGUGUGCUAUAUUUUCAUCAUUACUUCCCUGCUAUUAUUUUCAACUCAAUGUUAACAGGCGUAAUGUUUAACUAUCUCAUUGAGCGAAUGCCAAGUUGGAUAAAGCAAAUAGCACUUGGCACCAUUCUCGGCAUCAUUCUCUACAGUUUUAAAUUAUUUUAUCCGCUUGCGUAUGGAUUUUCCGAUGCAUCUACCGAGAAAAACUCAACAAUGUAUGGAUUACGUUGGAUGGAAUCAUGGGAAUUUUAGAUCCGCUUUUUCUAUUUCCCUUCUGCUUUGUAUGUGCAUGUGAUUAAGGAUUAUGAUUUAUAGAACCACUACCGUACAUAUGGAUGUAGCAAUGUAUUAGUAAACAGCAUAAAAAAAAAUAUACUCAAUGAUUUUUAGAUAAAUUUUUUAUUGCAAUAAAAUGUCAGCAGUCAAGUACUGCAUAGGUUUUAAAUAAUUUAUUUAGUUCAAAAUUGAAUUUAUUCAUGAUCAACAUAGGAAAGAGUCAAGCAAAUAUUUAUGAUUAUUAAUGUAUAAUUAUGGUACGUUUGAUACUCCACAUAAUUAUUUAUUCGUCGCUUGGCUAUUUCGUGGUUUCAUUUUAUGGCAUUUUGUUCUGUACUGAAAUUAUUUCUUUCGUACUGAAUUAUUG